CUUACUGUAGCUGUAGGGCAGGGUGAAGCUUUGGUCCCCAAGGAUAGCAGGGAUAUUUCAUCUUUUCCGCCUGUUUCCGCCAUCGUUCUACGAAUUCUUCUACACAUUCAUACCCAUCAUUUAGAUUUUAGAUGGUUAGCAAUCCACAAAAAUGCGUUUCUAUAGAAACUUUCUGCCUCGCAUAUCGAAUUAUCUAUCGCCUAUGGUUAAAAAAAAAUCGAUGGAAAAAUCGUAUCCUUCCAACCUUCAAAAUUACUUUAUUCCUUUUGAAAAGGAUGUAGUUGGGCGGCAGAAGCCGCUUGACAUCAGGCGAUCCAUAAGCUGGAUUUUCACUCGAAAAAAAAACUAGCGACCGUAAUACAGCAGUGAAUGGCGUCACUCAAAAGGUUGCCUUCGUAAACAAAAUGGCAGCAAGAGAAUUUCCCACUUAAUAUUACGACCGCUAAAUGAAGAUAGCGCUUUCCUUGGAAACCAAAGCUUAGGAAGCCCUGAGGAAACUAACCAAAAUCUAUCGUACACAAUGUACACAAUCAGGCACACCUUUUAAAGGUUUUCUGGAAGAAAUGACUUAAAGAAAGUAUAAUGUGUUAAUUUUAAUAAUAAUACACUGCAGUAGUAGAACAAUGUGUGCUGAAAUGGUUAAAUAAAGGAAUAGAUUUUGGUUUGUUUCAAACUAGUGAAUAGUUUUGGGAGAAUCUCAUGGAUAGUUUAGUCUAACCAUCAUUUUGGUUUGACUUUACCACUUUAUGAUUGUUUCUGGCAAAUGGUAAUCAUCUUGCCCUUUAGUAACGCAUACAGUUUUGCUAUGCGUACUGACGUAACUUCCAAAGUAUCUACCUUAAGUGGAAACUACUUAUCACCUAAGUAGCUUAGUUUUUGCGUACUUGUAAUUACUUACGUGGAUAGGUUGGACGUACUCGUCUAUCUUAGGUCGAAUUACCUACCUUCCCUACAAUUACCUACACAAAUGCCUCCCGUCCUGCCUACCACACUACCUAGCCUCAAGUUAACCAUAGCAUUAAAAAAAAUGUGAUCACCAACCAAUUUGAACCUUAUAUCACUAGAAUUAAGUAUCAUAUUAGUGUACUUAACUAACAUGUUUAAAAUCUUCCACGCUGCCUGGAUACAGUGAGUAUAACGUUAUCAAAGAAUUACUCGCGAACUAUGACAAGAGAUCUCCACAAGACGUGAUAAUGACGUCGCCCGAGGAGACCAGCUUCAAAAACAUACUGAUCUCAAUCCGAGACAAGCCGUCGAUCAUAGACGAAACUAUAACAGUCAAGCGGCCGAGGAAGACUAACUUCUUAAUGCCGUACUCUCACACUGACUCUGUCAGUCCAGUUUCGAACACGUUAAAACCAAAAAUGGCAUACGUGGAUAAGGUACCGGCGACUUACAUACCAGGGAAGGCAGUCAAGAUCGUCAGCGACGCGACCGAACACAAAGUUGACAAGGUAACACUCGACAACUCGUACAGCUCACUCGAUAGUUAUCUAAGCAAGGACUCAGACUUCGACCUGUACAAGCGACGCGUCAGCGAAGGUAACGUAGAGAAGGUCGACGUAGAAGUGUCCAAAAAACGCUGCUCCUCAACCAUCAGGAAGUUGCGACCUGAGGACAUGAAAAAGAGCAAGUCCGAGGUCAGUAAGUUAUGCGAUAAGGUCAAAAGUAUCAAGAUUAAGGACACAGGUAGGAAUUAUAAGACGAGGUCGUGUAAUGAUAUCGUGAGGCUCAUUCUGACGAAGCAUGGGAUACAUGUGAUCAGUGAUACUGAGGCUAUCGUUUAGAUUUGGAAAUUUAUUUUUGAGGUGAGAUUCUACUUUAAGAAAAACAUUUUUAGUAGUCGAUGUGCCAAAUAUAAAGCCAAAAGAUUGUCAUUUAAAACCAUAUGUUCUUUGAAUGGGAUAGACAUACUAAAAAUCUAAAAUUUAAAAGCAGAAAUGAAAAGAAAAUAAAAAAAUAGUUCAUUUGUAACAGUGUAAGAUGACGGUCUCAGUAGAAUCUCAACUAAAAAUCCAUUUUUGAAACUGACGCGCUACAUAAAGCGAUCUCUGUAAAAUAAUUUGAUACUUAGUACAUUGAUAUAGUCAAUUUUCUUGGAAUUGUAUGUAUGUAUGAUUGUAAUUAAAUGUGUACUGGGAAUGUACCAAAAGUCGAAAUAAAUGUCACCUCAUCAAGUUGACUUGGAUUGGUCCUUUGUCCAAGAAGUAUUUUACAAGCCUGCGUCCUAUAAAAAUGAAUUUGAAGAUCUAGGCGAGACUCGAGGCUAUGCGAACCUCUGUGAAUUGUCUAGCAAUUGCCAUUUAAGACUAAGGCUCUAGACGGACCGCAUUUUAACUGCAGAUUGCAAGUGCAGUUUCAAUACAGUAGACACGACUGCAAUAGAAAUGCAAACCAAACAUGCCGACAGAUUGCAGUUCAAUUGCAGUCGGCGUACAAUCUAGGCGGGCCGUUCGAAAGUAUGGUACCGACAAGCUAAUAGCCCGUCAUCUGUCGUAAAAUAAUAUAAUUUUGUAUAAUGAAAAGUAUUAUAUUCUAAUACUAGACACCUUUGACCUCCCUGUUGGUAACAUCAUAUUGCACAUUUAACUUUUGGUACAUUCACAGCCCCCCAAUACUUCCAUUUUCCCCUAGAUUUAGUGUUUCGUAAAUGUUAAAACUUCAUUGCAAUUAUUGCCAUAUAUAAAAAAGUAUUAUCACUUGUAAAUAAUUAUUACAUUUCUAAUCGAAUACCCUUUUUAUAAAAU